AGAAGACAGUCGAACAAACAUUCACCUAUAUAUACAAGCCUAUUCAGUUCCCGUACUAAAAGGGGCAACAUACUCAAUUCUUCGUUACAAAAGGGCUGCCGAUGAUGGUGGGGUUUCAGUUUCACCACCACAUUCCAAACCGUACAUUGCUCCCAUUGUAGGGACUAUGGAGGUGCACAAUAAGAGAGGGAGCUAAGCAGCAAGCACCAUGGUUUCUCAAGAAAGGAUGAAGGCAGAGGCCACUCCCAAGGCGAUAGUAGCAGGUGGCAAGAUGACGGUGCUCCAAGCUCCGGUUGGAGUGAGGAGCAUCGUGAGCUUCCUAGUGGCCUUCUUCGUCGUAGCCAGCUCCGUCGUCUUCUUGUUCGACAGAGGCCAGGAAGCGCAGAUGCAAAUGGCGGUCGAGCACGGGCGCCAAGGAAUGCAGGCGAAGGUGGCAUCUGGGCACCAGGAGCCAGAGAUGAGAGGGGCGACAGAGGCGGGUGACGCCGGCGAGGAGGAGUGCAACUGGUCGAGGGGACGGUGGGUGUACGACAACGUGUCCCGGCCAUUGUACUCCGGGCUCAAGUGCGCCUUCAUCUUCCCCGAGGUGGCUUGCGACAAAUAUGGCAGGAAGGAUGUCAUGUACCAGCACUGGAGAUGGCAGCCCCAUGGAUGCGACCUUCCGAGGUUCGACGCCACCAAGCUGCUUGAAAAUCUGAGGAACAAGAGAUUGGUGUUUGUGGGUGACUCGGUGAACAGGAACCAAUGGGUUUCCCUGGUGUGCAUGGUGGAGGCCUCUAUACCUGAUGACAGGCUCAAGACGCGUGUCUUCAAUGGCUCACUCAUUUCCUUCAAGGCAUUGGAAUACAAUGCGACGAUAGACUUCUACUGGUCGCCGCUGCUGCUGGAGUCCAACAGUGACAACCCCAUUAUCCACCGGGUGGAGUACCGGAUCAUAAGGGCAGACAGAAUUGAGAAGCAUGCCAGUGCCUGGAGGGAUGCUGACAUCAUUGUCUUCAAUUCUUACCUGUGGUGGAGGAAGCAGAAGGAUGACAUGAGGAUGAAGGUCAUGUACGGUUCAUUUGAAGAUGGUGAUGCAAGGUUAGACGAAAUGGAAAUGAUCGAUGGUUUCGAGAUAGCUCUCAAGAAACUAACCGAGUGGCUCGGAGAGAAUAUUGACAAGAACAAGACUAGAAUCUUUUUCGCAGGAUCAUCACCUACACAUUCCUGGGCUAGCGACUGGGGUGGAGAAGACAGCAACAAAUGUGUUAAUGAAACGGAGCCGAUCUACAAAAUCGGAUACAAAGCCGCAACUACAGAUUACAGCUUGAUGGCCAUGGCUAAGUCGUAUUUUGGAACAUUGGAGCCGAAAGGUAUGCAUGUUCAGAUACUGAACAUCACGGAGCUGUCUGACUACCGCAAGGACGGGCAUCCGACGGUGUACAGGAGACAGUUCGUUCCUCUAACGAAAGAACAGAUUGCAAACCCAGCCAGCUAUGCGGAUUGCACGCAUUGGUGCCUCCCCGGUGUUCCCGAUGUCUGGAACGAGUUUUUGUAUGGCUACCUUAUGUACAAAUGACAUACUAUGCCAGAUUAUGUACAAAUGGCAUAUCUAGGUUAGGCUGCUUUGGUGCAGACUGCAUUACAUUACAUGUAGAGAGAAAAGGACAACUCAAAGCACAUAUAGUGUGUAUCAGACCAGUUCUUGGCAUCAGACAGAGCAAUCGAAUUCUGAAAAAACAAACAUAGAAAUUUGCCAUAAC